AUGCUGCAGACGAUUUAUGAGAGUGAGUCACGCAUCCCAGCAGAGUGGCUAAGGAAGAUCUUGGAUAAGCACAGUAUACACAGUAGUGUGAUUGGGUUGGGUUCUGAGGUGUUGUCUGCAGUGGACAGUAGUGAAAAAAGCAGUAUGCCGGAGUGGGAGAGAGAUUCGGAGGAGUGGGAGAGGCAGCUGCAGAGAGAGCUGCUCCUCAUUCAGAGGCAGCAGCAGAUUCAAAAACAACUGCUCAUCUCCGAGUUCCAGAAGCAGCAUCAGAACCUACUCCGUCAGCAUCAGGCCCAGCUGCAAGAGCACAUUAAACUCCAGCAGGCCUUAUUGACUCUGCGGCAGCAGCAGGAAGUGCUAGCAGAGGAGCGUAGACUUGUGGCAGAGGAAGAGAGAAAGGAGGAGCGAGAGGAAGAGCAGGAGUGCCACAGGAGGGAGCAACACCAGCAUGCACUUGUUCACAGGAAGAAGGAGCGCACCAAAGAGAGUGCUAUGGCCAGUACAGAGGUCAGACAGAAACUCCACGACUUCCUACUGAGCAAAUCAGCAAAAGACACAUCUCCCAAUGGCACUGGUCACGCCAUUGGCCAUCGCCCCAAGCUCUGGUACAUGGCUACUGAGCACAUGUCUGUGGAGCAGAGUUCUCCGCCCUUAGGGGAGACGCCCCCCACCUUCAAAUACCCUCUCCCCACCAGCCUGGACGGCAGGGAUGACUUCCCCCUCAGGAAGACUGCGUCAGAGCCCAACCUGAAAGUCCGUUCCAGAUUGAAGCAGAAGGUGUCGGAGAGGAGAAGUGGUCCCAUGCAACGCAGGAGGGACGGCAGUGUUCUGGUCACUCCACAGAAAAAACGCACGCUGGAGCUCACAGACUCCUCAGCCAAUGACAGCUCUCCAGGCUCUGGACCCAGUUCUCCCAUUGGUUUAUGCAACACUGAGCAUGGAGCAUCCUACCGACCCAGCGCUAUCCAAAUAGAGUGUCUUUCUCAGAAGGGUCUACUGAAGGCUGAGGGAUCCAUGGCCCUGCUAAACCUCUACACGUCCCCCUCACUGCCCAACCUGACCCUGGGCCUUCACUCCACAACCUCGCCCCUCACCGUGACCACAGCGCUAAAAGAGAGAACAGGAGAAGUGCUGCCAGGCCAGACGCUGGGCGCCAUGCCACCCGUCGCCCUGGAAACCAAAGUCAACAGCAGUCACCAAGCAUUGCUUCAGCAUCUUCUGCUGAAGGAACAAAGCAGACAGCAGAAGAUCCUGUCUCCAAGCAGCGUCCCAGUGCUCACGCAGUCUCCGUUGGCUAUGAAGGAACGCGUGGCUUCCAGCGUUCGUUCGAGGCUGCCCCGGCACCGCCCGCUGAACCGUACCCAGUCAGCGCCGCUGCCCCAGAGUACCCUGGCACAGCUGGUCCUCCAGCAGCAGCACCACAACUUUGUGGAGAAGCAAAAGCAGUACCAGCACCAGGUCCAUAUGAACCAGAUACUAACUCAGUCCAUCGAGCAGCUCCGGAACCCCAGCGCUCACCUACAGGAGGAAGAUGAGGAAAGUGCCCUUAGGGAACAGCGAGAGCUGGAGGACACACUGCCCCCUGGUGGAGUGAUCCGUAGCCACAGUCUAAGGAGCAGCAGCAACAGCAGUGGCAGCUGUGACAUGAGCACUAAAGCAGAGGCCACCAUGACCCAGGUCGGAGUCAUCAAAGUGAAAGAAGAGCCACUGGAGUCGGAGAGUGAGAUGGAGGAAGCAGGAGAAGCACCUGGAAUAAGCAGAAGAGAUUUUGAAAAUGUCGCAAGGCAGGAGGUGGAGCAGAACGCUGCACUUCUACAAGUCAAAGUGGAGGACUGUAUAGAGACAAUGACUGAAACAAAUGUCUAA